AACGCAGUGCAGAGCAUUUAUUAGUCACCGAGGCACACGCUCUUACAGACAGAAAGGCGUGCACACGCACGCUCUGUCAGAAGAGACCCGGCUGCAUUGGCAAUGCUGAGUCUGACUGAUAACAAUGCAGUUCUGCAGAAAGGUGCUGUGCCAGCCAUGUAGUGCAAGGGUCACUUCACCACAGGAGGACAUGGAAUACAGGAUGGGGAGCUGCAUCGGUAUCUCACACAGCCAGGCUGAAGUUGAGAGUUUGACCCAGAGGGACGACAGGACGCUGCUGACCGAGGUCUCGGCGAGCCUGCAGAGUCUGCCUCUUCAGCCGGUGUACCCCGACGUCCCGGUCCUCACCGGAGUGGAGGAGAGUGGAGGUGCUGCUGCAGACCAGGAGGACAAGGAUGAGCUGGAGUUUCCACACGACCUGCUGCCCAGUCUAGACUUCAGCAGUGAGUUCAACAUCUGGGGGUCAUCGCUGGGAGCUCAGACGAGCUCAGGGGAAUGUGAGCAGGUGAACCCUUUGCUGGCGAGCCUGCAGCAUCACGUGGAAGUGAGUGGACCGCAGGUGGUUCUAGACACAAGGCCUCAUGACAGCGACCCAGUUCCCACAGGUGCCCAGCCUCCACCUCAGCCCACUGCCACACCUCACUCGGGUGUCCGACCCCUGACCCCUCCCUCAUCUGCGCUUAUAGACAGGGAGCUGCAAGAGGCCUUCCAGGAAUGUGAAGAGCAAAUGGCCUCUCUGGGCCUUCUUACUCCCACAGAGCAGCCCGGCAUCACGCAGGAGACUGUUCAUGAUGAAGGAAAGAAAACUGUAGGCGUGACAGUUAAUAAGUCAAGUGAGUCAUCGUCACUGUCUCCAAUCAUAGUCCAGCCAGGACAAAGCAGUGGAGGCCAUGGAAACAACGACACACAUGGAAACAGUGAGGCAGCAAACACUCAGAGAGACGUACUUGUGUUUAGUUUCAGGAAUUAUAUACUGGGCACUGGCGAUACUGCCGGAGCAGCAGAGACUAAAUGUGAAAUAAAAGUAACACAGAGCACAGAUGGAUGUGCAGAGAUUAAGUCAGAAGUAGAACAAGAGGUACAUGAGCAGAAGAGAACACCCUCAUCAAAGUCAGAUUCAUGUAAAGAAACCCCAAAGGACUUUGUGUCCCCUCAGCAUAGAGACGAUCUAAUAGUGGAGCGUGUUGAUUCUAUUGCAACCAUUGGGGAAAAGGGCAGAUUAGAUUGUAACACAGUGAUUAGGGCCGAAGGCACAGAGGUAAUAACAGAGACUGCAGACAUAAAGAAAGAAAAUAACAGUGAUGAGUGCAGUAUUAGUGUUUGUAUAGCUGAAUCUGAAAAAAAAAAUGAUUUAGUUAAUGAAAUAUUGGGAGGCAACAGACUUCCUUUAAAUGAUGGUGAUGCAUUUUCUGAGUUGCAGUCAGAAGCACAGACAGGAACAGACUUUGAGGAGAAUCAGUCAAAAACAGAUAAGCAGAUGAAUUCAGCGAGUGCCAGACAGGCCGGGCAGAACAAAGAGACAAAAAAGAAAGAAAAGAAGAAACAAAGGAGGAAUAAAAAGAAGAAUGCAGAGACUGAACAGAAAGCAAAGGCAGUAGUACAAUCUGACAGUGAUUUUCAGGCUGAGUCACUCAUUCAAGCAGAUUCAGAGGCCAAAGCACAAUCAGUGUCAGGGGCAGACCUUGUGAUUUGUGGAGAACAGCCUGAUAAUGGAUUUGAUUACAAGCAGCAGCUGAGUCCUUCAGGACCGCCCAGCCCCCGUCUAUCACCCCCACAGAGCAGAGAGGAUCGUCUUACUGACUGUUCACCUGCAGAUGCCCCAUGUGGCGAGAGCUCAGACAAGAACCCGCAGAGGAGGCAACAUGCAAACGGAGGUGUUAUCAAUAACCAAAAUACACCCAGGACACAUGUCCAAACGGCAGUUAUCAAUGCCCGUGCUUCUGCUGAUGAGAGAUCGGAUGCACAAACACAGGAGGUUAUAGUUACCACGGAAGCAGCGAUACUCACACAGGAGAAACUGAGCCCACUCACUAACAGUCCAACUUGUGUGGGAGAGAGUUACAUGGAGGGUGCCCUUGAACAGGCUAUAGUGGUGGUAGCUGCGUUGCCACUGACAACACCCACGAUGCCAGAAGUGAUAAAAAGCAAGGGAGAGGGAGAGAGCGUGAGUUGCAAUUCACCGGAGAGAGUAGCUACUGUAGCAUUUGCAGAGAGUGAGAAAGCAGGAGCAAAGGAGGGAUUGGGAGGAAGAGAAAAGUGCCUCAGCUCUGCAGACGGAGAGAGAGAAGGGCUCCCGGACAGCCCUCCUCAGCUCCCAUUAAUCGGUUCACAGGGAAAAUGUGGACUUGCAUUCUCGGCCAAAGACAGAGAGUCCGCGUCUGAGAAAGGCUGCAGCGGCAAAAUGCCACACAACUCGGCUGAGACGGAAAUGAAGGGACCGCAAGAGACCAGCGUUCAUGUUGCAGACGCAGAGAGCUCGCCAGCCGAAGAGGGAGACAGAGAGAAGGAGACGCUCCUGUUAGAAGCUUACAUCAAUAAUUCUCCCCUAGGGAUACUUACUGGUCCUCAUCGUCAGGCUCACAGUGCUGUGGGAUUGGAGGGAGCAGAAGAGGGGGGAGGAGGACAAAGAAAGGAGGUGGAAGAGAAAGGAGGGCUUGCUACAGACCACAGUUCAUUCAGCCAGCCAGAAGGCUAUGCUAGUGGGGUGUCAUCAGCUGAGACUGAGAAGUGUCCGCCCACCGAUGUUGCACAGUCACAGCCGAAGUCACAGAGCUGGAGGGAGCCGAAUGCUGCCGUCGCUGGGAGCAUCUACACCGAACAAGACCAUCACUCUAACUCCGCGCCGCUCCCCACUCAGCCUGAGCACAGCUCCAGCAAUGCAAACAAAGGGGUGAGGGCUGAUCUCAAACAGAAUUUGAUUCCAGGCGAAGCAGUGUCUUUGGGACACACUUGUGAGGAGUCAUCCAUCACAGAGACAGAGAGAAACGACAGCCAGCUCCUGCUCAAACCUCCGCCUCUGACUACUUCGCAACGAGACCCAGUCGAGCGGCAAACAAGCAACGAUCAACAGGUACAGCCUGAGAGUGGCACCACAGAAAGUGCAGCUGAGAUCCAAGUUCAAGCCCACAGCAACACUGGUAACCCUGCUAUGUCCGGAGGGGCUGUGUUUGUGUGUGGAGGCAGCAGUGGAGGCAACCACAGAGUUCACUUUGCAGAUACAGUGAAAGGAGAGGGCAGUUCCUCUGUGGAUCUGAGGAACAGGUCGUUGCUGCCGAUGGACUGCGCCUCUCUGCCCCCUCUGAUUGUACAUGAGAGUUUGCAUCAUCCCGUGGUUGAGGCCAGCUACAUCUUCCCAGAUUUCCUCAGCUUGAAGAGGCCAGAAAUCCCCACCAGUGCAGCGUCUACCAAGGAUGAGCCCACAACACAAAGCUUAGCAGACUAUCCGAAAGAGCUCGAGUUGGAUAAAGAAGAUUUGGCAACCAAAGAUACCAAGGAGAAUGUUGCAAUAGAUCCGUUAGGUAACAACAAGUCAGUGACCAACACUGUGGAUUUACAAUCAGCAAAAGAAGCCUGCACAAAACAGCAUCCAUGUCCUACAGAGACGGAUCAGACUGGUAAUGAAGAAUGUUUUGACCUUUUAAAAACAGCAGGAAGUGCCAUCUCUAACCCUGAUCUUGGAACAGCUGGACAGGUGUCGACAGAGGAGAUCAAGCAAGAAGAGGCGGAAACAAUGAAAGAUCCUUUAAAUCUGUGUUUGUCAAAGGAGAACGAGAUGAAUAAGUCCCAGGUUGACUCUAUAGUUUCAUUCAAGCCUGGCGAGUCGCUUUCACUCAGGGAUGCCGCUGUCAUUCGUGAAGAAAAUGAAGGUAACCAACCCCCCCUCCCUUCAAGUUCUGUGUGUCCAGCUGAUAAUGUUACUUGUGAGCCUCUAAGUGACACCUCUGCUGAGGUACCUGUUGGGACGAUCUUUACUGACUUUGAUCCCAGUUCAGAACCUGUAACUGUCACCUUAGCCUGCACUGCCUCUAUUCAGACAACGCCCAGAGACCCCAGUCAUCAGCACCCUACCCCGUUAGAUCAAACCGAUCCUUUGAAUGAUCAGCAGAGUGAAAAUGAAUCAGGGACUUCAGAAGUGACAGUUUCUGACCAGUCGAUUCCUGCUAUCGAUCAAUGUGCCAGUAAUCCUGCUUUUGUGCUGCGGCCCCCUGGCCCAAUGUUGAGUCACUGGGAGUUCAUUAAUGACUGUGGUAUCUGUCUUCCUGAGGAUACAGAGAAGCGCAUUGCUGAUGGUGACGGAACCAAAGUCUCCGGAGAUGUGGAGGACACCAAGGGCGGGGAAAUGACACAUAUAUCUUUAGCGUGGGAUCUGGAGCACGCUGAUGUCAGUGCUGAAGGAGAUGAAACAAAACUGGAGGAUAGAAAUUAUGCCACAGAUGCGGAGAUCAAAAAUAAUGUGAUAAAUGAUGUAAAUAUCCUAUUUUCACCAGAGGGAAAUCUGUUUCAGCCUCUUGAUGCAGUGGGGGCUCCUGCAAAUGAUGACUAUGAUAAUUUGAUUUCUUUAUCUCAAACUGACCCUGACCCUAUUGCAAUUAAGCCUGUUAUCUCUGAAGCUUCCAUUCGGAAUGACCUCAUAAAUGAUGUCUGCCCACUCAGCUCUGACCCGCCUACCAACGAGGCUGAUGAUGUGAAAAAAGACAAUAUAAAAGGAAAAUGCAAAAUGGAAUGUCAUCCGUCAUCUGUGCUGUUUGAAGGAGACAGGAAAGACGUUGAAGAAGCAACAAUGGGAAAUCAAAAGGAAAAGGAAAGCAGUAGGGAGCUGCUGAUAGGAAAACCACAAGAGAAUAUUGGACCAGAUAAAGAGGCUGAAGGGGAAACUGGAGACCUGCAGCCACCACAUAAACAUAUAGUAGAAAACAAUGAGUCACCAAUAAGGGUGGAAGGAGAGAGGAAGGGUGGGACUGCAUCUGAAAGUGAGACAGAGGCUUCUUGCCUUUCCCCAGACAGACCUGCAGGGUCGUCUAAAUACACGCUCAACACAGAGUCUGUUAGGGAACCACAGACUGUUUCUGAUCCGAGUUUGUGCCAAACUGCGACAGCAACACUGGAACUCUGCUCUGACAGGGACCCAGUACCAGUUUUGAAUGCAGCCUCUGGCCAAUUACCAGAUCCAAACUGUUUUGCUCAGCAACAGGAGCAACAGCAGCGUCAGGGAUCCAGAGACCCCACAGAGGAGGUAUCAGGUGGUUGCCUAGAGGGGGGAGAAAAAAAGAAAGGGAAGGCCGAAGCACUGGUUCCAGGAAGAAAAGAGGCAGAAGAAGGAAGAGACGGCGCUGUCGAGAGUUUGUGUCGGUCAGAAAGUAGGAAGGAGUUGAUACAUGAUGACAGCAGAGGCUCAGAACAAGUAUUAGGUCUAGAGAAAGAAGCCGCAGAUGGAUCACAAGCUGUAAAAGGAGUUGACAGGGUAUAUGUGCCAUUUCCCACCAGCAGUGAUGUAAAUGAGAGUGGAGGGGCUGCUGAGAGAAACGCACCGACUGACAUAGUGACAGGAACAACCUGCUCUCCUCUAGGGGAGACAGGACAGGUGGUGGAUGGGAAUAAAAGCCCUGGGUUAGUGGCAGUUAGUUCAGCUGAAGAUUUAAUGCCAAGCUCCGAGUGUCUGAGUGAAAUGGGUGGUAAAGGUCAGCAAAAAGGAAAUCUGUCAGCUGCGUGUCAAGACCAACAAGAGACCUCAAUGAACACUGCUGUUCCUCCUGAGUCUGCAUCACAGGUACAUGAGACUUCACCUUUCAGGAUACCGGCUCCAUCAAAGCUCAGCACAGAUAGUCAUGACAUUCAUACCACUGUUAUUCCGAGUGCAAAAGAGGCUGAGGAACCUCGUACAGAAACAUUCAGUGCCCUGCCUGAUCCUGAUAGGCAACCAGAAACUGUGGAAAACGAUGUUAGUGCUGCAGUAGCUGUGAAAAGCAACAGUAGUGAGACUGAGGAGUGUGAAAUGCUGGAUGCAGGGUGCGGGUCUUUUGAGCUGCAAAGCCCCAAUAAAAGCUCAGUCACACAGAGCAGCCCAGUAGCACAAACAGCCAUAAAAGGCCCUGAUGUAGAGGAGAUCACAAGGGAAGAUAAAGCAGCGUUGGACGGAGAGAAAGCCAGCAGCCAGGGGAACGGACAAAGUGAGAGAAAGGCAAUAAACAACGAAGCCAGGGAAAAACAAGAGCUUUUAAAUCAAACUCAGAGUCGUUCAGAAUCAGUUAAAGCUUCAGAGCUCUGUGAAAGUGGGUUAUCAGACGGCAGCACCAACAGGACUGUUUGUCUUUCUGAGGGGAGCUUUGCUCUCCAUGAGUCAAAGUUCCCAAAAGAUUCUGCCCAAUUAGAGAAGCUGCACAAUCUGUUGUCCUUAUCAAAACCCACAGAUGUCAAACGUGACACUGAGGUGAAGCACAGUGUCGCUGCUUCCCAAAGUGAAUGUAAAACACUCGAUGAAGCUCCUUCCUGCACCUCACCCGUUGAACAACUGUCUGUGGAUGUAGAGGCUGCUGAGAGGCCUGAUCCUGGACUAACAGCCCACGAACCGGAUACUGACUGGAUAAAAGCUCUAAAAGAGGCUGCAUCCUGUUCUCAAGGUCAACAGAGAGUUAACUCAGUGGAGACCUUAAGAGCCCUCCCGUCUCUGGAGUCUCCUCAACUAGAGUUUCUCACUCCGACCGAGGAGUUAGCUGCUCCUCUGAAACAGGAGGAGGUCCGACCACCAGACUUGGCAACGGAGAAGUCCACAGAAAUCCCACCUCCGAAUCGUGUGAAAAAGCCAGUGGAUUUUCCUGAACCUUUAAAGAAGUCAGUCGAUCUCCCAGAACCAACACAGCUGACAAGUGUCAAGUUUUCCGAACCAACACAAAGCACAAAAGAAGAAUCCUCAGAUGCAACCAAGAAACAAGAGGAGCCUCCUGAAGAACGUCCAGAAGCCAAAGCUGAGCCGCUAAUUUCUUCAGAAAUUGAAGCGGGGACCGCAGAGUUCCUAGAACCAGCACAAAGCACAGAAGAGCUGCCAGAAUCAACGGAAAAUGAGGAACCAGAACCUACAAAGGUGACAACAGAGCCCAGAAAACCUGAGGAGAAGCUGAUCAGUGAGCUGUCAGUGGAAGAACCUGUUGAGACCCCACCAGAGGAGCCACUGAAAGAGCCAGCUGAGGCAGAGACUGAAGCAAUCCAGGAUCCUGCUGAGGAGCAUCAGGACAGUAGGCCCACCCUCGCUGAGCAGGCACAGAGAAGUGGCAGUCCCCCUGCCUCUCCCCUGCCUCCUACUUCCCCCUUCCUGCCUGAGCCCCCUCCUCACCUCCACGACAGCGCAGAGUUCCCCACUCCUCCUCCCACACCCCCGGAGAGACACACACCUGAAGUCACCCCACCUGCAUCCCCCAGCCUUCCUCCUCCUCUCCCUCCUCCUGCAGCCCCUGCAGCCCCUGCAUCCCCUCCUGCACCUCCUGCUCACGAGUUUGUGGACCCUUGCCCUGCUUCUGCACCCGUCGACCAGAACUUAAGGAGCUCAGAUUCUGAUGGAGCGUUUGAGACCCCUGAAUCUACCACUCCAGUCAAGGCUGUUUCUCCUGUAGACCCCCAGAUCCUGCUUCUGACAUCUGAUGACACAGUCGCAGAGACCUCAGUCAAUGACCCUGCCUCUGACUUGACUUCAAUUGAUGAACGAUGCCGUUCUCCAUCUAUUGUUUUUGAUGAAAACAAGCCAAUCGCAGCCAGUGGCACAUACAACAUAGCAUAUAAUGCAACCGAUUCAUCAAGUCACACACUCGCUCGAUCCCUCAGCCUCCAGGGAGGAGAGCUAGACAUCUGUGGUCUGUUUGACGGAUCCACAACAGGAGGUUUCCAACCAAAUUCAGAGGCCUUCAGCGUAGGCACAGAGAGUGCACCUGGUACACUCCACAGGCCCAAGAAGGUCCGUCCUGGUUCUGUGAAGAAGAAGCCUCUUCUUAGACAGAACUCCAACCCAGAAAGUCCAAGGCCUGGCUCCUCCAGCAGCACCCCAGAGGUCAAGAAGCGGGCAAAGCCUCGAACUGCCAGCCCUCUCCUGGCUCAGGAGGAAGCAGAAGGAGGAUCUGCAACACCGAGCCCUGGAGGAACCCUCCGCAGAACCAGGAAGAACCGUGUUGAAACUCCACCUCCUCUCCCGGAAGAGACCAAUCACACCAGCCAAGAAGAGAGCCUUGUCAUCCCUGCCUUACCCUUGUGCCACGAGGAGACACCUCUCCCUGGUAGUGCAGCAGACCAAGAAGAAUCCCCCAUCCCCCCUAGUACCUCCUAUAAAUGGGAUCCAGAUAAUUUUGACAACAUCGACCCUUUCAAGACAGGAGGGAGUAAAAUUGCCAACUCCCCAGAACUAGGACGUAAAGGUCCAGUCUCUAUUGCUACGCCUGCAGAGAGUUCCCCUGUCCCCGCUGCAGACCCACAUCCAUAUAGCCCUCCAGCUCCUGUUCAGGAGCCAAUCACCAACCCUGAAGAGCAACCGAUCAUCCCCAAGCGUCAGGCGGUAAGGCUGGAGUUUGACUACUCUGAGGAGAGCGGUGAGGUGUCACACCAGGACUCACCCCCACUCAAGAAAGUGGGCAAGAAACCUGGUUCCAAGAUGCCUCUGAGGAAACCAAAGCUGGGGAUGAAAAAGGCUCCUCCAGCACAGAUGGAGCAGCUGGACAACGACUCUCCAGCAACACACAACGGCAACGACGAUGAAAUCUCUGCUCCUAAAGCAUCAUAUAGUUUUGAAACGGACAAGUGGGAAAAUCCAAAUUUCAAUCCAUUCACCUCCAAGACAGGAAUUGGCAACUCCCCUAAAUUGUCAAGGCAGUCUUACAGCUUUGACCCCAGUAACUUAGACGACUCAACAGAGCCAUUUAAAUCCUCCAAUAAGAUGGCUGACUCUCCGCCGAAAGCCUCUGGCUCUUUUGAAUUGUCAUCCAAUGACUAUGACAAUGAAAAUGACAAUGACAACAUUGGGGAGCUGGAGGACCAAAACCAGAACAAACCUGCCAAGAAGAAGAAAACUCCUCUCAAAUCGAAGUCCAGGGGUGUGUCCUCUCUGUGUUGUUUGUUUAAUACUUUCAGAGUGAAGAGGUCGCCAAAGAAAUCCCCACUGUCUGAAACAUCACCGGAUCCUACGUCCACAGAUGAACCCUCCUCCCUCCACCCUAAGGACGACCACGCCACAGACGAGGAGAAGCUGGCCUCCUCCACCAGUCACAAGUGGGCCGCCCUGCAUGACAUGGAUGCAGAACUGAACUCUGACCAACAAGACUUUCCUCAGCCGUCCGACCUCACGUCCUUCGUUAAUGAGAUCAGUCUUCCUCAUCAGAGUCUAGUGCAAGACUAUGAAAUCGAGUACAUGGAGAAGAUUGGCUCCUCUACGCCUCCACCCUCAGCGAAGAAGCCAUCUUUGUACCUGAAUCUGGAUUCAGUGUCUGACAAGUUAACCAAGAACAUGGGUGCACAUGGAUCUGAGCCCAGCUCCCCCUGCACAGGGAGCUUUGAGGAGAUGGAGGCCCAGAUAUCAGCAUGUAUAAAGACACCGGUGCUGAGCUCCCGGCCCGGACCUGAGGGCUCUGCCGGAGACAAGGGCAGAAAGAGAGAGAGUGAGUCUCUCAGCCGAACUCAGAGCUCGGAGAGGGAUGAGCAAUCCCCUAGCCAGGGCCCCAUGGAGGCCCCUGCUCCUGUCCCGGCCAUGCCCCUGUUAGACAGGCUGUCUGAGUGUGACGACCCUCUGCAGUACCUGGAGCCUGACCUGGCCGAGACCAACCCCACCGCAUUCGCCCAAAAGCUACAGGAGGAGCUGGUGCUUGCUGCCCUGAGGAUAGAGGCUCUGCAGGUAGCCAAAAACAUCUCUCAGUGCCCCUCCCUCUCCACUGUAAACCCCCAGCACAGAGACACGUCGUCUCCGGUGGAGAGUGCUGUGUCCAAGAACUCGCUGUACUCCAGGACGGCUACCACCAACUACAUCGAAGGGGAGAGUCCCAACCUGCCUAGGGACCUGGACAACUCUCUGGGAAUUGCACGAGAAGAGAUUGUGACAAAGGAGAAAGAAGUGCUGGAGUGGCAGAGAAAGUAUGAAGACAGCCGACAGGAAGUGGGGGAGAUGAGGAGAAUUGUUGCUGAGUAUGAGAAGACAAUUGCACAGAUGAUUGAGGAUGACCAGAAAGAGAAGUCUCUCUCCCACCACACCAUCCAGUCCCUGAUCGUGGAGAAGGACCAGGCCCUGUCCGACCUCAACUCCGUGGAGAAGUCCCUGGCCGAACUCUUCCGUCGUUACGAAAAGAUGAAAGAUGUGCUGGAGGGCUUCCGCAAGAAUGAAGAGGUUCUGAAGAAGUGCGCUCAGGAAUAUCUGUCCAGAGUCCGUAAAGAGGAACAGCGCUAUCAGGCCCUGAAGAUUCAUGCAGAGGAGAAACUAGACAGGGCCAAUUCAGACAUAGCUCAUGUGCGUGUCAAGGCCAAGCAGGAACAGGCCGCACACCAGGCCAGUCUGAGGAAGGAGCAGAUGAAAGUGGACUCUCUGGAGCGCACUUUGGAGCAAAAGAACAAAGAGAUCGAGGAGCUGACAAAGAUUUGCGACGAGCUGAUCGCCAAGAUGGGGAAGAGUUAGCGGCUGCGUCACAUCCGGGCCAAGUCUCAAAGAGAAGACGAGUGGCUGUGGACAAACUACUUAGAAAAUGAAGCAGAUCAGUUUUAUUUAUCACUCCACCAAGGACUAAUAGAGAUCAUAGCCCUGAGUGGUUUUGCCGAUUUUAUUACUUACUGACUUUGUCUACACAGGAUCCACAGGAAUGGCUUCCUCUAAAUCACUCUGUAAAUUGUUUUGAUGUGUCAGCGUAUCGUAUCGUAACAGAGGUCUGGUUUAAAGAUUUAGAAAAUGUACCAUAUCACUAAUGUGUGUGUGUGUGUGUGUGUGUGUGUGUGUGUGUGUGUGUCGAUGAGAGAGUGAGAGCAUUGUUUGUGGGUGAAAAUGAUCUAUAAUGUUGUUGCCAUGACAGCCAUUGAGGGAGAAGACUGUUUACCCGCUCCUGUUGUCGUCUCAAAGAUGGACUUUGACAAAGAGUAUCAGAGAGUUAGAUUCAUUCAUAACAGGUUGAUACACCACAAAGAGAACUCAAACUAUCACAGUAGCUUCCUGCAUGUGAAAGAGAAAUGUUAAUGUUUGUAUAUACCAUAGGAAAUUCCAAGUAUCUGCAUUUUUGAUAGUUAUUCUGUCAUCCUCAGUGCGCUUUUCCUCAUGUAACCUUGUAGAUAUUUGUCAUACUUGUCAUAGCUUUAUCGAUGAAAUUGUGAGGACUUUAUUUUUUUGAUUUUAUUUUGAUAUGAGGCAAACUAAUCGUGACUGUAUUCAGUUGUGGCAAGGAUUAAUUUAAUUUUGGAUGGAUAUGUCCUCGUCCUGCUAUGGUGGUUGUGUCACACUGAGGAAUAACCUUCUGCACAGCUACUGUACAGCGUCUGCUUACAAAGUGCAAUAAAAGAUGGCAAUACA